AUGCCGUCAUCAACGGAAGAUAGAUUUUAUAAAGAAGAGGAGGAAAGCUCGAUAACGAAAAAGCAAGAAGUUGCUUAUGAUAAGAAUGAUUCUUUUCAAUCAAGUAAUGAUCGAGACCUGAUAAUAGCCGCUCAAAUAAAGGAUAAAGAAGUUGAAGAAAAAGUAAUUACGAGAAUUAUAGAUCGUCAUAUGAUGCCAUUAUUUUGUGUCUUUUAUUUUAUGGAUUUCCUUGAUCGUGCAAAUAUUGGUAAUGCAACGUUAGCUGGUAUUCAAGUUGAUUUACAUUUAUCAUCAGAGCAAUUAAGUACAGUUAUUUCAGCUUUCUAUAUUACAUAUAUCAUUUUUGAAGUACCUUCUAAUAUUGUAUUAAAGCGUACAAGUGCUGCUUUAUGGUUAUCACUUAUCAUGCUAUUAUGGGGUAUAAUAACUUUGGUGAUGGCAUUUUCGAAAAACUUUCAAAGCUUACUUGCUUGUAGGCUUUUAUUAGGGGCUGCAGAGAGUGGAUAUAUACCGGGUAUAUUAUAUUUGAUGUCUAAAGUAUAUCGUCCUCGUGAAUUCGUUUUACGUGUUGCUUUAUUACUUUGCAUGACUUCAGUGUCAGGUAUUGUAUCAGGACCUAUUGCUUAUGGUACUUCAUUCCUUGAGGGACAGAGAGGUUUACAUGGAUGGCAGUAUCUUUUUAUCUUGGAGGGAGUCCCGACCAUUUGUCUAAGUGUCAUUUCUUAUUUUUAUUUAUUUGAUGACAUUAAGACCGUACCUUGGUUAACAGAUGCUCAAAAGAGGGCCUUACAUCGUGACUCUACUAUGACACUAGACCAUCAGAGGAAUUCCACCAUCACGAUGAAUGUCUUUUUCAAUGCUGUCCUUGAUUGGAAAACAGCUUUGUUUUCCCUUGUCUUUUUCUUGGGGGUCACUAAUCUCGUAAGCUAUCAGAUCUUUACCCCUAUGAUCAUCGAUGGCUUUGGAUUCCCCAUCUUUACCUCUCAAUUACUAUCAGCUCCUCCUAAUGUACUUCAAACUGUCUCUAUCAUCAUGGGAGGUUAUAUGUCUGAUAAGUUUGAUAACAAGCGUGGUCUUUUGAUCUUUACAGGCUUUAUCAUAGCCUCUAUAGGUUACAUGUUGCUUUUAAUUCUUCAAGACCGAUGGGGUAAUAUAUAUAUAUUUAUAUUAUAA